AUGGCGAAGAAUGUGUUUGCAAAACUGAAAUGUCUCUGGAGGAAGCAAGCCCAGUCAGUUCAAGCCGCUGAAGCCAUAAAACUCACCCUAGGAAGACAACUUCCUGUCCCAAACGCGACGCGAUGGAACUCUUUGUAUAACGCUGUAAAGUUCCUGAAUGAGGUCUCGAAAGGCAAACUGGACGCCACAUUCGAGAGACUUUCGCUGCCAAAGCUACAGAACGAGGAGCUUGCCUUCAUCGACGAAUACUGCAAGACGAUGUAUGGCGUGGCGAAGGCACUGGACAUCCUGCAAGGCGAGCAGUACAUGUAUAUGGGUGUGCUGCAGCCCACUCUCCACUCGCUCUUGCGAUACCAAGGGUCCCUGUCACAAAUGCAGUACUGCACCCCACUUUCCAACGCCCUUGAGGCGGGAGUCAAGAAGAGGUUUUCAGAAGUUCUUGAAGACAAGGACUUGGCCCUUGCAGCGGCGGUACACCCCAAGUUCCAGCUAUCCUGGAUCAUGGAAAACGAGCGGAAAGCUGCAACUGUACGGCUGCUCGAGGAAGAAUGUCGUGCGCUGGAGGAGCACUGCAGUGAGGACGCAACAGGCAAAGAGGAUGGCGACGAAGACGAUUUUUUUUUCCACUUGCCUCAAGCAUUACCAUCAUCAACGGAGGUGCAACAGUGGGUGAGCGACCCCGCGACCGAUCUGACCGGGCUCUCAAGGUUCCCCAUGAUAAAGAGGAUCUUCAUCAGGCUCAACACGGGGAUUCCGUCAAGCGCGCCGGCUGAACGCCUGUUCAGCAAAGGACGCGAUGUGUUCGCCAUCAAGAGAGGGAAGCUCUCCGAUGACAAUUUUGAAAAACAGUUGAUAUUAAGUUAUAACAAAUAUUGCAAAUAAGUUAUAAUCGUUAAAAUUCUGAAACGACGAAUGACACAAAAAAGAAGCACCCUUCGGUUUUAAUGUUUUCUAAUUUCUCAGCAGUUCAUCUUUCUUCUCACUACAG